CGUCACCUCACCACCACCAACAACAGAGGCCACUUUUACUGGCGUUGAAUUUUCAAUGAUUGCAGCAGCUACCUAAUACAGACACAACAAGGCAGUCAUACCAGAAACCUACCUUUACACCCCAUCACCGCCAACAUUUCCACUCUGAGGUUUGCUGUCGCAAGGGUAACAACUCCACACGCUUCUGCCGCCCCGCUGUCGCGGCUCGAGAAAAUAAACCGCCACGAAUUCUGCACUCCUCGCCUUCACGUGCGCGAAGCUUGCCGCGACUGGGCUACGACCGUUCCCUUCGACGCGGUGGACAUCUUGCGACUCCGGGGGCUUUAGGCAGCUUGUCCUCGGUUCCAGGUUGACGACCUCGCCUCCAGCAUAAGUGCUGCGAGUCUCACACUUUCACCACCCAAUUCACCUUGCGCCUCGUACCUUACACCUCGCACACCGCACCUGGACUCGUCGUAAGCCAUGCCUUCGCAGCGUCGGGUCAAGGCCUUCGGGCUGUUGGUCGUCCUUGCCGUCCUCGUUACGCUGUACAUGACGUCUUCGCCCCGCCAGACUCGAAGCUCCGAUUUCUACACUAAGACGCAGGAGGCGCUUCAAGCAAGAGAGUACGAACAAGCUGCCAAGCAGCGCGACGCCGAUGACGUAGGCGCCAGAUUGAAGGCAGCGGAGGAAGCAGCCAAGAAGUCGGCGGAUGAGAAGGGCCACAAGUACAUCGACUUGGUCGGCGGAGGGGUGCCAGGCGGAGCGAACGAGAAGAGCGUUGCCGGACGAGUCAUGAUGAACCAGCCCGGCGAGGGGGAGAAGAAGCUUGUACCUGGCGUCGCCAAUGUGGGAGGUCGACCAAAGGAUAGGGAGGCGGCGAAGGAGGACCACGAGUCGCCAGAGGACCACGAGGUUGAGGUGGAGUUGAAUGCCAUUCUGAAGAAGAGCCCAAUCAUCAUCUUCUCAAAGACCUUCUGUCCCUUCUCCAAAAAAGCAAAGCACAUCCUCCUUGACAUCUACAACAUCGUCCCCGCCCCCUACGUCGUCGAGCUCGACCAACAUCCCCUCGGCAUGAAACUCCAACACACCCUCGCCGAGAGCACCGGUCGCAAGACCGUCCCAAACGUCCUCCUCAUGGGCAAGAGUAUCGGUGGCGGCGAUGAUAUCGAGGAACUCCACCUCAGCCACAAGCUCCUCAGCACUGUCAAGAGCAUGGGCGGAAGCCGGAUCACCGAAGUGGCUCUCCGGAGCGGCGGUCAUCAACAGAAACCUCUUCGCGUCUGAAGAAUCUCUCGGCGCGGCGUGGGUUUCGUCUUUCCUAGUUUUCAAUUCUGUGUGCAUACUUUAUACUACGGGGUGGGCGUUUUCACACACUAUCAUGGGCGGCGUUUUUUUGCGUAAAAAGGACAGUUCUUCGGAAUUAUUUUUUUUCCUGCCUAAUCGGAACGGGAAAUGGUUGGGUUGGAUUGGUUUGGGGCUGGAUUUCUGGGGGCAGGUGUGGUGCACUUGGGUCAUGGAUUGCUUGCUUCCUCUAGUUAGUGGGUAUACCCG